ACAGGUGCCAACUAUUGAUUAAUUUUAUCGUCAAUCAAAAAUACAGACUCACGCUUACACAUAUACAUAUCUUUGUUAUUACAUUUUUUUUGACAAGAGAGCAAAAAUGUAGUCGCAUUGUCGUCUAUAUUCUGCCAACAUAUUGUUCUUUCAACAAUAGUGUACACACAAUUAAUAAUCAUUUAUGUUUCUUUUAAAUAUGAAAAUCGCUAUUAUCCUUUAUGUAUGUGUAAUUAGCUUAUUUCUUUUCUCCUUACUUCUCUUUCUUUGUAUAUAUCUAAAGGUAGAAGAACGAAGAAGAUCUCGAUUGAUCAUGGCUUUUCCUCAUUUUUUUUUCUUCUUUUAACAGGAAGUAGUAGAACAAUAUUAUUAAAAAUAGUAGUAACAACGACGAGUAGAAAAAACAGAAAUCCCUCGAAUGUUAAGUUAAAUUUAAUCUCUAAAUAUGAAUUAUGCAUUAACAACAACUCUAUGCAAUAAUUGUUCAACGAUAAAACAAGAACAUAUUCUCUUUACAACGAUUGUACUACAAACUGGUUAUUUAUUCAAUAAUAACAAUAACAGAAGUAGUCAAUCGAAUGAUACUAUUUUAUUUUUAAUUUCAAAUAAUCAUUAUUCAACUACCAUCAAGACAACGUCUUCGAUAUCGUCAUCUAUUUUAUUAACGGUGCUAUUAGGUAUUUGUUUAAGUUUAAUUGCAUUGAUUACAUCUGUCGGAAAUAUCAUUGUUGUAUUAGCAUUUUAUUUUGAUAAAAAAUUACGAACGAUCAACGUUAAUUUUGCUCCUGGUAUUUGGUUAAUAAGUGUCAUAACAUCAGAUUAUCGUCCACUCAAUGGUUCUACAGUGACAAGCGAAUGUUUGGGUGAUUAUAAUUAUAGUUUUAUUUACAUGUUAUUUGCUCAAUUCAACUAUUUUAUUUGGCCAUUUAUUGUUUUAUUUAUUCUCAAUAUACUUAUUAUGUGGAAUAUUUGGCAAAGAACAAGAAAAAUGACAAAUAAAAUAAAAAGUGAUCCACCAAUCUCGACACAAAAUCAGAUGACUAUUGAUAAACCGACAACAAAAGAAAUAAAAAACAAAGAUAAUUUAUUUCAACGUCGAUCAAGUGAGAAAACAAUUAUUCUUAUCAAUGAUAAACAUACAACAAGUGAUCAAGAAUAUUGUUGUAAUAAUCCUGGAACAAUGCUGCGAGACGACAAUGAUUCAUACUUCGAGAUUGAAGAUGAGUGUGCGGGUGAACGUGAGUACUACAGUAGUGCUCAUAAUACUAGACGACUUUCAACCGUCGACAAACAAUUUCUAGCAUUACCCAUACAUAAACAACAUCGAGAUGAUAAUGAACGACAGUCAAACAUUUCUAUCAUACCGGAAGAGAGUGAUUUUCUGGAUGUGAAUAAAUUAAAAAUGUUGAGUCGUCGUGCAAGUAAUACAAUACGCCAAUUUUUUGGAAAAUUACCAAUUACAUCCGAAUGUUCGGAAUCAGCGAGAACAUGUAACAUAAAACCGAAUGAAAUGGACGAUAUAUCAUUUCAAACGAAUAAUCACCAGUCAAACGGAAAAUCGAUUUAUAAACAGAUAAGUGCCUCGUCGGUUCAUCCACACAGUCCACUCACGAAGAAAGCAAUAACAAAAGUAAUACAGGAAGAUGAGCGACGGAUGACGAACUAG